AAAUGAUUACAUCCAGCGAUUCAAGCGUUUUGGUCUUUUCUUUUGCGUGAAUUUGACCAAUUUUUUGCUUUAAUCGUAUUAUUACUGUACAAUUUUGACCGGAUUAUUAUGUUGAAAAGUCUCCCAACUCAUAAAAUCUUAUACAACAAAUCUACAACAUAAUUAUCCUCGUACUCACAUUGUUUGAGCACUUCGUGAUUGCUGAUCAAAAUGUCUCUAACUUGUGCUAUUUCCAACGAAUUGCCCGAACACCCUGUGAUCUCACCGGUAUCUGGGUGUAUCUUUGAACGUAGAUUGAUCGAAAAAUACCUCCAAGAAAAUGGUACCGAUCCGAUCAACGGAAAGGAAUUGACAUCUGAACAGUUGAUAGAUAUCAAAACUAAUCCAGUGGUGAAACCCAAGGCUCCUACGACGACCAGUAUUCCUGCUAUAUUGAAGCAACUUCAAGACGAAUGGGAUGCUUUAAUGUUACAUAGUUUUACUCAAAGACAUCAAUUACAAAUAGCUCGUCAAGAGUUGAGUCACGCUUUAUAUCAACACGACGCCGCUUGCCGUGUUAUCGGUCGUUUGACCAAGGAACUUACAGCCGCUCGAGAAGCGUUAGUUACACUAAAACCGCAAACAGGUGUUGCCGCAAAUGCUACUGCUAUACCGCAGCCAGCUAUGGCUAUGGAAGCUGCCAGUAUACCCAAUCAGCCCAUGGAGCAAGCCGGUAUGACUGCUGAUGUAAUUCAAAAACUACAAGAUAAGGGUACCAUAUUGACUCAGGAACGUAAGAGGAGAGGAAGAAGUGUACCUGAAGAACUCACUUCGGCGGAACGUAUCAGAAAUUUCCAUACCGAAGCUUCUCACGUUGGACUUCACAGUGCAAGUAUUCCUGGUAUAUUAUCGUUGGAUAUUCAAGCUUCCGAUACUAGUAAGAUAUUGACCGGUGGUAGCGAUAAAAAUGCGGCUGUAUUCAAUAAAGAUAUGGAACAGGUGAUUGCUGUAUUCAAAGGUCACACCAAGAAAGUUACUAAAGUUAUUUAUCAUCCGGAAGAGGAUGUAGUUAUUACUGCAUCGCCAGAUACAACUAUUCGAGUAUGGAAUGUCGGAGCCUCGCAACAAGUCCAGUUAUUGAGAGCUCACGAUGCUCCGGUCACUGGACUAUCCUUACAUCCUACCGGAGAUUACGUAUUGUCUACUUCUACCGAUCAACAUUGGGCAUUCUCCGAUAUCAGAACCGGAAAAUUAUUGACGAAGGUAGCAGAUCAAAAUUCUAUUGGUAUUUCUUUGACGACGGCUCAGCUCCAUCCUGAUGGUUUAAUUUUCGGUACUGGAACUUCGGAUUCGCAGAUUAAAAUUUGGGAUUUGAAAGAACAGUCGAACGUAGCCAAUUUCUCUGGUCAUACCGGUCCCAUAACAGCGAUUUCGUUCUCAGAAAACGGUUAUUAUUUGGCGACAGCUGCCGAAGACUCGUGCGUACGUUUAUGGGAUUUGAGAAAAUUGAAAACAUUCAGGACGUUGAAUCUAGACGACGAUAAUAAAAAAUACGAAGUCCGUGACUUGUGUUUCGAUCAGAGUGGAACGUAUUUAGCUGUCGCUGGUUCAGAUGUCAGGGUGUAUCUGUGCAAGCAAUGGGAAGAACUGAAAGUAUUCAACGAUCAUACUGCAGCUGCAACCGGAGUAAGGUUUGGACGUCAUGCUCAGUAUAUUGCUUCCACUAGUAUGGACAGAACAUUGAAGAUUUAUGGAUUAAAUAAUUAAAAACACGUUGCUGUAUCGCAGUUUUUUCAUCUAGCUGAUGUUACGUAAUUUAAAUGUGACAAGAUUAUCGUAAACCAAUAUUUUGCUAUGUUAAUUUUUAAUUGUACGAUGUAAUUUUAAUGGUAUUUUCACUAUCAUGAUUAAGUACAUGCGUGUUGAAUAAAUGUCAUUAAAAGUUAACGCAUAAUGCUAA